AUGGCAGAGGAAAUCCUCAACAAUUCGUUUCCAGAUCUGAAAGAGCUGGAAAAUAAGGUUGGCAGGAAAACACCCCAGAGUCUUGUGAUUUGGAUGAAGGAUGCUGCAGGAUGUGAAGACAGAUGGAAAUUGGAUGUGGUCGACAGGGGACACCACAGCUCUGCCUUGAGCGACAGCUUGUCUGACAAAAUCAACAACUUAAAACAGGAGAUGAGGUGGCUGAGGUCUGCUGAUGUGAGAAUUCUGUGCCAGCUGGUUGCCGUACACGAGGGCAUCGAGGCCAUGCGUUGGAUGAUGGAGAACAGGGGAGUCUUUGCCAGCCGAGGCAGCAGCUUAACAGACAGUCUGAGCAGCCUGGUGACCGUGGAGGGACAUAGCCCCAUGAUGUCUCCCUGCAGUCCGACCUGCUCUUUGCCUGAAACCACUGGCGAGGAAUCAGAAGAUCAACUGCCACACACCGAUGAUGCUAAAUCAGACCACAAGAGCUGUUUUAACACUUUGACCCUCAAGUCUACUGAAGCAAGGCCUCCUAGUGCUUCUAGUUCCAAUUCUGAAGCCAGUCAUUCCAUGCAUGCCAGACAUUCUGAUUCGGUUGAUGCCAGAGUACAAGAGUCACAACCACAGGAUAUGGAUGGAAGUGUGUCCAUCAUCAGAAGAGCUCUGUUCCGAUCUAGCAGGGCAAGAAGAGAGGUGAAAGCAGACGCUGGUAGUUUUAAUGUCACUAAACAGUCGGAAAAGACAAAGAACCAGAGUUUCAAAGACCCUCAGAAGAGCACAGUGGAUGAAAAUGAGAGCACAUCCAGUGGAGAGAAGGUUUUGCUGGGCUAUGAUGCUCAGUGGUGCUGGGUGGAGUCACAGGAUGAUGUGUUGUUUGUAUGA